GGUCGAUUGGCCUAGCGGUUACGGCGUCUGCUUUACAAGACUAUUCAAACUGAAUCCUCUCCAUCGCAGAAGAUCGCAGGUUCGAUCCCUGCAUCGAUCAUCAUUAGAUUUCACUUUUGCAUUUUCAUGUCUGAAUACCCAGGCAUGAUGUUGAGCUAUGUUGGUGUUGCGAAAUCCCUUUGUUCAGGCAGGAGCAAUGGUCAAGGAAGGAAGGCGCACCAUCCGGCCUUUUUUUCUUCUUCUUUUUAUUUUUAUUUUUGUCUUGGGUGUUUAGCUUUGAAGCUUAACCUUGUGUAGGGAGGUGCAACAUACUCACUACACGCAUUUUACCUGAGGCGGUCUCUUAAUGACACAAGGACAAUUGUAUUCCACCAAGAAUAUGGCGAAAGAAUUACACACAGCCAGGAAGUGGAAUAAAAUAUAGUCAUAGUAAUAGUAACAAUUGUGACAGUAGCGAUAGUGAUGAGAAAAGUCGUGAGGAAGCCGAAAGUUCUGACCGCAGAAUGUGCCACCCACCUGUUACCUACUCUGUGCCAUCCAUACCUACUUACCCCAAGAGCCCCCAAGCUCUCCAGCCAGAGUCGCGCUUUUCCACAAGCACGCGACGUCAGUGGGAGGCUCAACCUUCCAACCACCACUCACCUUGCCCAACACCUCAAACCCGCCAGAAUGGAGAUCGAGGUCGACGAAGAUCUCUUGCGGACGGUCGCGACAGGUGGCGAAAUGGACUACGGUCUAUGGCCCGCCCUGUCGCAAGGAAUCAUCUCGAGGCUAGAUAAGAUCGCCCACAACGAAUUCCCUAUUCCGAACCUACCCACCCCUCCUCAACCCAUUAACGCGCCAGGCCAACAACCACGACUGCUCUCGCCGCUCCCCUCGUCCUCCAUCGAUCCCGCCAGCAGCCAGCCGUCAUCACAGGAUGCCGACAAGGAGAACAGCCAGCCCAAAGAUGCCUCAUCAUCCAAGGCCCCGGUCGAAAGCGCUCCUGAUGCCGACGCAGCUGUCGACAACGCACCCCACGCCACCGCUUCGGGAUCGCUGCCCGCGCAGAUCGAAGCCAUGCUGAACGAGAUUAACGCCGUCUUGGCCAGCUUCCCAAAGUACCCACCGCACACGAUCCAGCGCCUGGCCGAGCUCGUCCUCGAGCCGCGGCGCCAUUACCGCCAUCUGGCAUCGUACCUCCAUGCCGUCGACCGCGUCGUUCAUGUCACCAGCGGCGCAAACACCUACCCUCUUCCGCCAGCCAUACCCGACAUGUCUACCAUGACACUGCUGUCCAAUGGCAGCGCAAACGGCCAAGAGGUUAACAACCCAGCGGCCUCGGUCGCCUGGAGCAACUCGACAAACUCGGUCGCCUCAACCGUCGGCACGGACGAGGCCCUCGGCGGCGCUCUACUAACCCCGAUUCCGUGGCUCACACGCCGACCGAGCCCUGGCUCAUCCUCGCCAGCGUCCUCAAAUGGCGGCGGACCGGCCGAAAUUCGUACCGAGUCGACGGAGACCAUUGACGGCCCUAAUGGCGUCGGGAGUAUCGAAACCGUCAGCGUUAGCGUCAACGGCAUACCGUCUAUGGGUGCCAGCAGCAGCCGCGCGAUAACACAAGGUGAGUUACUGCGACAAGAGCAGGAGCAGGGCGUCGUUCCAGUCAACCAACUCGUGCGACAAGCAGAAGAAGCACAACACGCCGCCGCCCUGCGAAGCGGAGACGGCGGCAGAGCCAGUAGCCCCGAGAAGCAGCAGCAAGAUGAUGAGCAGCAAGAAGCUGCCGGUGCUGCUGCUGCUGCUGCUGAAGACGAGAACGAGGCGCCGCACGCUCGCGGUCCCGAGGAGAUUGGUGUUGGUGACCUCGGCCCUCAAAGCGAGACGACGAGCUUUGUGGGCGGUGGUCCCGGCCUUGACAUGCAAGGCAUUGAUGUCGAGGCUGCGGUGGGCCGGAAAGCCGAACAGACUCACGCCACGCCUCCUCCCGAGGAUGAAAAGGACGGGGAUGCCGCGGCGGAGGAUGCGACGGCGGAUGCGGUUGUUGACGACGCGGCAUCCGACACGAGUGUCACGUCGCAUCCUAAGCGUGAUGCUGAUGAGGAGCUCGAUGGUCUUGUGAGCAAGAAGGUCAAGGAACAUGAGGGUGACGUCGCGGGUGAAGCAACGGAUGCUACAGUCACAUCGCCCAAGGAGGACGACACCAAGGAGGAGGAUGUGAAGACGGCUGAGCCCGGCGAGUCCAAGGCUGAGGAGGGCAAAGACGAGGAGACUGAGACCAAGGACGAUGAUGCGAAGGACGAGAGUGCGGCGGAAGCUGCGGCGAAGGCUGCGGCCGCGGCUGAGGCAGAUGCCGAGAUGGCCACCAAAGCCGGCGGCGGUUAGGAGAACGGAGAGAUCUUUCGCUCAGUGAGUGAGCUGUAUUGCGGAUGAUUACAUGAUACCAAGAAACCGUCUUCACCAAACCCCC